CUCCCAUUCAUAUAGGAGAGGGAAGACAUGAACAUGCUGGUGUCUGAUAUUUAAAAAAAAAAAAAAAAGGCUGAUAUUGGCCAGACAGAGUGGGUCUAACCCUGCUAAUCCACCCGGCAUCACUCGAGGCUGUACGUGGGAGACUCCAGCACUCCAGAGGGAUCUGCCAGCUUCUGAUCACACCAGUCUUGAAAUGGGCUACUGGACCAUCUGUUUUGCACAGAGAAAGGCGACAGGGUAGCAUCACAAACACACACACACAUACACACACACACACACUCAGUCACAGUUCAUUUACGAUGAAAGAACACAAGGAGCCUACCAGCCUGGUAUUUGCCAGAACAGAGAGCAGGAGAGCUGAUAACCAUCAUCUCACAUUCACUCGCAGAAUAUCACACUCACCCCUCUGUCUCCCUCACCAGCGGUCAUGCAUUUGUGCUUGCAUGCACCAUAUUAAAUGAUGACGCAAGUAGGACAAGUAUUCUCACACUCCAGUGAGAACAGAAACUGGCGUGACCCUGGAACCUGCCCUGUUUUAACAGACGGCAAGGCUCAGAGACAAAGCUGAUCUAAAACUGAUUUUGAAUUCCCUCAUAUUUCUCCAGUCAUUGUUUGAUUAUCAUCCACCCUCUUUCCUAUGGCCAAGAGGUCCUGAUUAUGACAAACCAGGGGUCUCAGGGCCAAAACAAUUCAAACACACACACACACACACACAGAGCAGGGUAUCCUGCGAUACUAUCAGCACCUGACACCUCGAAAACAGGAAAAACAUUUCAGCAGGAACACAGAUGUGUGUGAGUGUUUUGGGGGAGGAGCAGGAGCAGCGCUAUAUAACCUCACCAGAUAGAAAUCUCCUCUUCACUCCACACUUGGCCAAGAAGGGAGAGAGGCAUUGUCUCCAUCAUGUCUUAUUAUGAGCACAUCGUCUUCGAUUAUGACUUGAACGACACCGGCUCGGGCUCCGGCUCUGGGGAGCUGGGCAUGGAUCUGGAGGAGCCCUGUGACCUGGAGCAGGUGGUGACCCCUGACCUCCAGCAGGUCUUCUUGCCCGUGGUCUACGCCCUCAUCUUCACCCUGGGCAUCACCGGGAACGGCCUGGUGGUCAUGGUGCUGGGCUGCCAGCGCAGGUCGAAGUGCAGUCUCACGGACCGGUAUCGACUCCACCUCUCGGCUGCCGAUCUUCUCUUCGUGCUGGCGCUGCCCUUCUGGGCCGUGGACGCGGCUCUGGCCGACUGGCGUUUUGGAGAGAUUGCGUGUGUCGGCGUGCACGUGAUCUACACGGUCAACCUGUACGGCAGUGUGCUCAUCCUGGCGUUCAUCAGCCUGGACCGCUACCUGGCUGUGGUACGAGCCACAGACACCAACACUGGAGGUCUGAGGCAGCUGCUGGCACACAGACUGGUGUAUGUGGGUGCAUGGUUGCCUGCUGCUCUGUUGGCAGUGCCCGACUUGAUAUUCGCCCGCACCCAGGAGGGAGGAGAGGGGGCGACCGUGUGCCAGCGGUUCUACCCACAGGACAACGCUCCUGUCUGGGCGGCCGUCUUCCACCUGCAGCUGGUCCUGGUGGGUCUGGUGAUCCCCGCCCUGGUUCUCCUGGUGUGCUACUGCGUCAUCAUCACCCGGCUGACCCGAGGCCCGCUGGGGGGCCAGAGGCAGAAGCGCCGGGCGGUCAGGACCACCGUGGCCUUGGUGCUCUGCUUCUUCGUGUGCUGGCUGCCCUAUGGAGCGGGCAUCUCCAUGGACGCCCUGCUGCGCCUGGAGGUCCUGCCCAGAGGCUGCGGCCUGGAGGUGGGGCUGGGCGUGUGGUUGGCGGUGGCCGAGCCGAUGGCGUUUGCCCACUGCUGCCUCAACCCGCUGCUGUACGCCUUCCUGGGCGCCGGGUUCAAGAGCUCGGCCCGCAGAGCGCUCACGCUGAGCCGGGCCUCCAGUUUGAAAGUUUUACCACGAAGACGCACCGGAGCCUCCACAACCACAGAGUCAGAGUCCUCCAGUUUACACUCCAGCUAGUGUUUGUGUGUGUGUGCAUGUGUGUUUGCGUAUGUGCAUGUUUGUGUGUGUGUGUGUGAGGAUGUUUACACAAAGUAUUGAAGAGAGCAAGGAGCAGUCUGCUGGCCCACGACUUGUCCUCCCCUCUCUAUCGCAGCAUUCGAGCUUCUCUUGUAAAUAGUGUUUUUUAGGAUUGUUUUGCUUGUACACACUCUUGUACUUUUGUAAUAAA